CCAACAAUGUCAACAACUAACAACAUAGCACAGGCCAGGAAGCUGGUGGAGCAGCUCCGCAUUGAAGCCGGCAUCGAGAGGAUCAAGGUCUCGAAAGCAUCUUCGGAGCUAAUGAAUUACUGCGAGCAACAUGCCAGGAACGACCCACUGCUGGUUGGAGUUCCCGCUUCGGAGAAUCCUUUUAAGGACAAAAAACCUUGUAUCAUCCUAUAG